AAUGAGUAGAAGAGAAGUGAUUGUAUGCCGAGGAAUAUGGUAUGUAAUGGCUCUACUCUCGCUCUUUGGCCUCUCCAUAUCACUCAAUCUUCUCUGGCCACCUGGGGGAAAGUCACCAGCAUUGUCUCGGUUCCUGAGGGACGGCGCGGUGAGUGCCACAACAUUCUAUGCGGUGACGCUACUCAGGUAUCUCUUAUUCACCGAUACUCCCUCCAGUAAUAGCUACAAGGAUUUUACUACAGACAAAGAGAGGAUUCCUCAGGUUGUGUUUGCGGAGUUUUCUACAUUGGCGUUAUUUUGUUCUCCUUAUCUUUUGGUGGAUCAUCCUGAUCAUGACGUAUGGUUAUACAUGUCGUUAUUCACCAUAUCGUUGUUCACCGGUGGGAUAGGUCUGAUUCAGCUAUCCGAUAAGUUCAGGAUGGAUAUGAAGCAUGCUUAUAUCACGCUUCUUUGCGGUUGGUUGUGUUGGCUUUUGGGCAGUUAUGUUUUUAUUUACCUGCCCAGUAUGCCCGUGGCUAUGAUUCCUAUAGGAGUUUACUGGAUAUUCUUCCUUUCUAUCCUUUUGUAUAAUUUCUGCAGUGAGGAAUUUUCUAUAAAUUCCAGGGAUUCCCCUCUUCCUGCUUAAUUCUCUUGCUUAUUUUUUCUUAAUGGUAUUGUAAGUCCAUAUAAGAGACUCCACGUUCAGAGUUUAAUGACAUGUUAACUUCUUGCUUUUACCA